AACGAAAGCAUACUUUCUAUUUUAUUCACUAAAAAGAACACAUCAAAUAAAAUAAAAGACACAGAAACAGAGAAGUCGAGGACUCUGUGUUUGUGUGGAUGUGAUCCACACCCUUUCUUCCUGAUUGUUUCCUGAGAAAAUUUUUGGAUCAAAAAUCAAAGCUUGCGAGCGAGAAAAAAAUGGGUUUGAUCCAAUUUGUCAAAUCAAUCAACUGGGAACAAGAAGCUUACCCUGCUUAUGAAGAUUUCAUUGUUCUUCCUCUCUUUGCUCUGUUCUUCCCCACUGUCCGCUUCUUUCUCGAUAGAUUCGUCUUUGAGAAAGUUGGAAGCCGAAUGAUUUUUGGAAAGGGACACCAGAUGAUGAAUGUCAAUACAGAUGAGAGAAGGAAGAAGAUUAGAAAAUUUAAGGAGUCAGCUUGGAAAUGCAUUUAUUAUCUGUCAGCCGAAAUUCUGGCUCUCUCUGUAACUUAUAAUGAGCCUUGGUUCAAGAAUACAAAAUACUUUUGGGUAGGGCCUGGAGAUCAGGGCUGGCCUGAUCAAAAAAUUAAAUUGAAAUUAAGGGGACUUUAUAUGUAUGCUGGUGGAUUUUAUACAUACUCUAUAUUUGCUUUGAUCUUCUGGGAAACAAGGCGUUCUGACUUUGGUGUCUCAAUGGGUCAUCAUGUUGCAACUGCCAUCCUCAUUGUGCUAUCAUACAUAUUUAGAUUUGCCCGUGUUGGUUCGGUUGUUUUAGCAAUUCAUGAUGCUAGUGAUGUUUUUCUGGAGGUAGGGAAGAUGGCCAAGUACAGUGGUGCUGAAACAAUUGCUAGCUUUGCAUUUAUUAUUUUUGUUUUGUCUUGGAUCUUACUGCGUCUCAUAUACUACCCAUUCUGGGUCCUUUGGAGUACAAGCUAUGAAGUUGUCCAGGCAUUGGACAAGGAAAAGCAUCCAGUGGAUGGACCAUUUUGUUAUUAUCUGUUCAACACACUUCUAUUUUGCCUGCUUGUUCUUCAUAUUUAUUGGUGGGGACUAAUGUAUAGAAUGCUAGUCAAACAAAUCCAAUCCAGAGGCAAACUUAGUGAAGAUGUCAGAUCGGAUUCUGAAGGUGAAGAUGAACAUGAAGAUUGAUCCGGAAAGGAGGAAUUCUGCAUUAACAAGACUUAUGAAAGGAUGGUGAACAGCCCCAUCGGUUUACACAUUGAUAUUCUUUUAAGCUGAAUGAAAUACUCGCAUUUUCCUUGUAAUUUAAGGGAAUUUUAGAUUGUUUCAAGAUGAGGUACACAAGCAUUUUGAAGAGUAGUUUAGUUGUUGAUUGUUGAUGUCAGGCUUUGGGUCCUUUUCAGUUCACAAUGUUGGGUCUAGGUCUGCUGCCUCGCCAGUAAUUUGUUGUAACAAAACACGUUUACCAUGACACUGUAAUUCACCAUCUCAAAAAGGAUCUCUGCAGCCAAGUUGAGUUCAAAA